UGUUACAAUCAAUGCUGAAGGCAGAAGCUCAGCUCUCAGCUGCUUGCAGUCUUGCUUGGUCCUACUCUGAGGACGCUGAACUGGCGGCUGCAACUGCGAUAAACUUUUUCUUUUUCGCUUUCCGUUUGUUGAAGAUGACCUAACCUCGAAAGAGCCUCUGCUAGCCAGCUGGCUGAGCUUUGUGGACACCAUCAACACAAUACCCUGAAGAACUGGUUUGGUAUGAGGGUACAUUAAUUGGAAAUAUCUGGGAAUUUUCACAGGGACACAGAAGCAAGAGGUCAUCCUUGACUGGCUAGAGAUUGGCUGACAUUUGAGAGACCUACCUCCACCACCUUCACAAGUACUGCUCUUCAAAUGGGAAAUCUUCCUCUGCUUUUUGCCCAAAUGCACUGUCUGCCCUCUGCUCUCAUAUAAGAUGGCUGCCUGUGGCCUUUUUCUGCACCUGAACAGACUGGAGCAGAGCUACUUGCUACCAUGGUGAUUGUUUUCUCACAAACACUGGAAAAGAAGAAGGCUGCCAAUGAUGUAACGUCCAAGAGUAUCGAGCGACGGCUGUGUGAGGUCCCCACCAUGAGCAGAGGGACCACCCUCCUCUCCCGUGGAACCGUAGAGGCAGAUAGAUGGUUGGAUAUGGGGCGAAGCUGUGCCAUCCAGCAGAGAGCUCCAUGCCAGUCUGGUACUCCUCUAUGGGAUGUGACGCCUGAUCACAACAGCCACUGUGCCAAGGAACCAGGCAGCACCACAGCAAUCACCAGCCUGAUAAGAGAUCUGAGUCUCUGCAACAGCACUCACGCCGCAUCCACCACUGCACACUACACCACUACGGCUACCAGCCAAACUCCUACGGCACCCCCGAGCAAACGUCAGUGUCGCUCUCUGUCACUCUCUGAAGAAUUCACUGGCUUCCGCUCAUCUUGGAGGCCCCAAGGGUCCCGAGUAUGGACAACGGUUGAGAAACGAAGGUGCCACAGUGGAGGGAGUGUCAGAGGUGGGGGAAGCCAUUUUCCCACCAUGCAGCGUAGCUCCAGCUUUAGUUUGCCCUCACACUCCAGCAUCACUUUUGAUGGAAUCCAGGACCUGCCAUUCUUCAACCAGCCGCUGCCUCUCCAUCCUCAAUUCACUGCCUCUCCAGUCUCCCCUACCUCUCUUGCCACACAUCAUCACCACUCCCAAAAUCACGUCUUCCUCAGGCCUCUCUCACUUUCCCAUGAGCAGAUCAGCCUGCCAGAACACCAGAGGGAAGAGGCAUCGGAGACCAGCUCUUCAGACUCCACCCCAGAGCUGGGGAGACGAGCUAGCCAGAGAGCCAGGGGAAAGGGGUGUUUGUCUCGGAGCAGGUCUCAGCCCUGUGUGCUAAAUGAGAAAAAGGUCGGCAUGAAGCGCAGGAGACCAGAAGAUGCUCAGGAGCAGCGGCCCUCUCUGGACUUGACAAAGAUGACUCAGACUUUACAAAGCUUAAGCUGCCCUGGAUUUUCAUCUAGCGACAACUGCCAGUCAGUCUUGUCCCCGCCCACCUUGGACUUAAUCGACCAACCGGAUUCAGACUUCACAGGCGUGUCUGAGCUGGGACUAGAGUCAUGGCAGGAAGUGAUAGGAGAUGACGAGGAAGCAGAUUCAUCUUACGAGGAUAGCGACUCCGCUUGUAGUGUGGACUCACGGCCUGGGUCUCCUGUAGGCAUCGAAGAUGGUAAACGCACCCUCUGGAAGGGUGACUGUGGGACACAGAGGGACAUUUUUCAGCUUGGGGGAGAGCUGGAUCUUGAACAGAUCGAAAGAAACUAAACUUUGCAUCGACGAUUUUAAGACUGUGUCUGGACUGUUAUGGAGAAAUGACUAUUAAGAUAAAUAUGAGGAAAAAUAAUAGCUAAUUUUGUAAGGGAAAGGCUUUGAAAAGACAAGGAUGGUGAUACAUAUGAUGAAGCAUUGCAUAUGUUGCUAAUGGCUGGCUUCUUUAAUGACACCUUUGCCUUGAACAUUCUUACUGUUUGUUUAAAAAGCAGUAACCUUAGUUUGUUUUGUGUUGGUUUUUUUUGUUUUGUUGUUUGUUUGUUUUUUUGGGUUUUUUUUGGAUCAGAUAUUCAGCUUAACUCAGGAGUGGGAAAUUGAGGGUUUGUCUUAAAUAAGUGUCUCAGCCCCCCGCUGUCUUUUAACCUGAUGACCUUUCCAAAGUCAGCUAACCUUAAGUUUGUAGUACUGUAGCAGUAGCUGGGCUCUCUUAUAUUUAGCUCAAAUUUGUUUUUCCAGAGAAAGUGGAGGGCAUCAACAAUGGGGUGACACAGAAAGAGGCAAAGACAGACUUACCCUUGGCCUUCCUCUUCAUCUUUUGUGCACACGUGAAAAUCUGAUUUGUUUUUUUUGCUGAAUGUAGGCUCAAUAAGCUUUAUGUGGAGUUCAGAAAAUGUAAAGUGCCUUCUUCUGGAUGCUUGCUGUCUCAGUUCUCUUCAAGAAACUUGCCUCAAUCGAAGCCACCUUUUCUGACCCAAAUAGACAAAUUGUAUUUUUUGAAUUAAACACUGAAUCUCAAAUUGUCAGUUCUAACAUCAGUGUAUAUUUUUCUAAGUAACAGGUUGUUGUUUUUUUUAAUGAGCUGUUUGUGCAGGAUUAAGAAUAUAAGGUCUUUGUUCUAUAAGAAUGAAUAUGAAAUAAACGUACAUCCUGCACUCA